AUGGAUCAGUUAAACGUUAAAGAACAACAAGAGUUUCAACAAAUUGUUGAACAAAAGCAAAUGAAGGAUUUCAUGAACUUGUACUCAAACUUGGUGUCGAGAUGUUUUGAAGAUUGUGUCAAUGACUUUACAUCCAACAACUUGACUUCAAGAGAGACAAGCUGUAUUGCAAAAUGUUCAGAAAAGUUUUUGAAACACAGUGAAAGAGUCGGAUUGAGAUUCCAAGAACAAAACGCAUUGUUGAUGCAACAAGGACAGAAAUAA